AUGUCUCUUGAAGAGAACCACAUGACAAUGAUGCCACAAGCAACCCAGGCAAAGCGUGGAAAGAACAAAUUCACUCUUGCUGAAGAUGCUGCUCUUCAAACACUUGUUAAGAAGUACGGAGAAUGCGAUUGGUCAACAAUCUCCAGGAUCAUCAGAACAAAGAACUCUCGCCAAUGCCAUGACAGAUGGUUCUAUUAUCUUACUCCAAAGUUGAAUCGUGGACCAUUUACAGAAGAGGAGGACAACAAACUUGUUCAACUCGAAAAGAAAUAUGGCCAGCAUUGGGUCAAGAUUGCCAAGCAUUUUUCUGGCCGCACUGAUACUCAGAUAAAGAACAGAUGGAACGUUCUCAAGCGCAGGAUUGAGAACGAAAAGCCUAUACCAAUACAACAGAUUGCACCAAUUCAAGAAACAAAGAUAGAACAAACACAAAAGACGAUUGUUACUCCUCCGGGAGCAAUCACCCAAAGAUUAUUUGAAAAUUUGUUUGAAUUUGAAGAUUUAGAUUCACUUGAUGAUCCUUUUGCAUCUGUGUUCUAA